GUGGUAUAAGAAGUUAUGACCUGCCAUUCUAUGAAACUGAUUGGUGAUUUGAUUCAUGGAGAUGUAGGAAUGAACUUGGAAGAGACCCACAUAAGCAAAAUGUUCAUCGGGGGACUGAGCUGGCAAACCACGCAAGAGGGCUUGCGGGAAUACUUCAGCCAGUUCGGGGAGGUGAAGGAGUGUCUGGUGAUGCGGGAUCCGCUGACAAAGAGAUCCAGGGGGUUCGGGUUCGUCACAUUCAUGGACCAGGCCGGUGUGGACAAGGUGCUGGCCCAAUCCAGACAUGAACUGGACUCCAAGACGAUCGACCCAAAAGUAGCGUUCCCCCGCCGAGCACAGCCCAAGAUGGUAACGCGGACGAAGAAGAUAUUUGUGGGGGGUCUCUCUGUGAACACGACGGUGGAGGAUGUGAAGCAGUAUUUUGAGCAGUUUGGGAAGGUGGAUGAUGCGAUGCUGAUGUUUGACAAGACGACCAACCGACACCGAGGGUUUGGAUUCGUCACAUUUGAGAGUGAAGAUAUUGUGGAGAAGGUGUGUGAAAUCCACUUCCAUGAGAUCAAUAACAAAAUGGUGGAAUUUAAAAAAGCUCAGCCAAAGGAAGUGAUGUCCCCCACUGGCUCUGCGAGAGGGCGGUCCCGAGUGAUGCCUUAUGGGAUGGAUGCCUUCAUGCUUGGGAUUGGCAUGCUGGGUUAUCCAGGUUUCCAAGCUGCCACUUACGCUAGUCGGAGUUACACGGGCCUUGCACCUGGCUACACUUAUCAGUUUCCUGAAUUCCGUGUAGAGCGGACCCCUCUCCCGAGUGCCCCCGUCCUCCCCGAGCUCACAGCAAUUCCCCUUACUGCGUAUGGACCAAUGGGAGGGACAGUUUUGCUUCCUCCCUUAGGUUCUACUCCAAGCCGCACUGGUGGGUUUCUGGGUACAACGAGUCCUGGGCCAAUGGCAGAACUUUACGGAGCAGCCAAUCAGGAUUCAGGGGUCAGCAGUUAUAUCAGUGCUGCAAGUCCAGCUCCAAGUACUGGCUUUGGCCACAGCUUAGGGGGUCCCUUGAUUGCAACAGCUUUUACCAAUGGGUACCACUGAAGCUAGCGACCAAGGAGGCAGGAGAUUCCCCAGUGACCUAACCAAGGACAGCAGGCUGGAGGAUCUGGUGAGCCUUGGAAAAUGAGCCAAGGUUUCCUUUUUACUGAAUAAAACUGCACACUGCCGGCUGGCUGCCAGGCUCCUGCUGAUCUGACCUGAUCUCUCCCAUUGAACAGACCACACUGGACUGAACCCAUGGAGAUCAUCUCGCUUUCUUACUAACCACCGAUGGUUUACGCUUCUCCCUCCCCCAGCCCGAUUCUUCUUUAUUUAUUUUAUUAGCUGGUAGUUUUAUUUUUUAUUUUAUUUUUUUAUCUAUUUUUUUGGGAGGGGGGGUGACCCUCCUUUCCAUUGUUUGCUCUUUCCUGAGCUGGUAGACAUAUUUUAUGAAUUGGCUUUUUGUGAUCGUGUUAGGUAGUUUUUAAUGACGCGUAUUUUUAUUUGGCUUUGAAAUUGUUUUGAAUCUUUUCAGCUCUGUUGUCAACAUUUUAAAAGGACAGUAUGUGAUAUGAAUGCAGUUCUGAAGGGAAGAGAGACGCAGAGAGAGAAAAAGAAGGCUGAGCAGAACUGACGCAUUUCUUUUUUUUUUUUAAACAUUUUUAAUUGUUUUGUAAAUGUGAGGCUUUCAAAUGCGUGAAGUCCAAGGAUCUGAAAAGGUGGGGCACCGCUUCAGAACAAAACAAAUGUAUAUUUUGCUAAGUAAAAACACUACCCUUACAGCUGAAAGUAUUUUUGUUUUCCUAGAUUUUAGUUUUACGUGGGGUUUUCUUUUUCCUCGUGUAUAAUAUGUAAAUAUUGUGAGGUGAACCUGGCUGCUGCCUGACUUCAAGGAGCAGCUCCAGGUUCUUGAACCUGGCACCUCAGUGCGAGCAAUAUUCUCCAGCAGAACCUUGACAGAACUCCUUUUUUUGUACACCUUUUACUGUAAGAUUUUAAGACCUCUGAUGUGAAGUGGGGGGGAAGAGGGGAAUGAAACUUACCAGCCAUCGGCUAUUUUGCUGAGCGGGUUAAAGCUGCUUCCACUUGUUUGAUGUACAGACUGCACCAGUAAGCUUCCUAAGUGCCAGCAUCUAGUUUGGCUAGGCAAAGGGCUUACUGCCUGUCUGUCUUCAUUACUCUGAAAGGAUUGACUCUCCAAGUAGUAUUGCUUGUGUCGAGAUGGUGGGGAAGGAGAUCAUCCUCUAGGGCUAAGGGCAUUAGGAAGGGCUCACUGUCAGGGAGAUGGGAUGGUCCUUCCCUGAAGGGCGCAGCAUUGUGUGGGGAAAGUCUUUUUUUUUUUUUUUUUUAAUUAGGAAGAAAAAAGUGCUAGGGGUGGUGAUCUAUGGGGGAAAGGUGAGAAAAGGGCUUCUCAGGGAUCGUAUGAAUUCUAGAAUCACAGCUUCCCAUUUGCUUUCCUUUGUGUCCUGGAAUCUGUGGGAGUUUGUCCUCAGUUCUGUAAACUGAUUAUAUGGUCCCUUCUCCUGAGGCUGCCCAAGCCCUUGUUAACAAGUAGCCUCUACUGUGGGGUUGCCUCAAGGAGGAAUUUAAGGGGCAUGUUUGGGUCUGGAUUUGUUUCAAGUGAACCAAAGACCGUGUUAAGGGUGGGGUGAUUAAGCCUUUCAUUAAGAUGCAGCCCAACACUUUUCCCAGGGAAAUAAUGCAGCUUCAUCUUAAGUUUUAAAAAUCAUCCCCUUUCUUCUUCCAAAAUGAGCCCCAGUAAGUGAGAGGUUUGGGGGGAGGGGCUGUAGUGUCCACAUGGACCCCUUCAUCCCUUCUGCUUCCCUCGCAGCCCUGUGGCUACCCCUGAAGCCAGCAGCAUGGGCCAUGCCUGACCAAGCUAUACUUUUGGAGAGUUCUGUUUAGUAAGAGGUACUUAAUGGGUUAGUACUGAAAACACAAAGCAAUAAUUUUUGUUACCGAGACAAGAGUCUGUAUGUCUGUGUUUUUUUUAAUAUUUCCUAAUGAAAGAAGAGCUGCAUUUUAUUAGGUUUAUUUUUAUUCUGUAUACUUCAAAUUUGGGUCUGCAGACAGCGCUUUCCUCCCUCUUGGUACAUGCGCCGAGCUGCUUCUGUGCCCGCUCCACACACCUCCCAGCUCCACUGUAUUGCCACUGGGCUAUGAUUCACUCUCUAGCCGGUGUUGCUGCUGCCCAGAGGCUGGGGCGCUGGGUUUAGGGGGUUGAGAGUGGGCAUUUUUUUUAAAAAGAAAUAAAACCAUGUUUUGAAGCCAGUAAGUUAUUACACUCCAAUGUUUGUUCUCUCUACACCUGUAACCCUUUUUCCAGAUUUUCAGUUUUAAAUUCCUAAUAAAUUAUUUGAAAAUGGUC